CUACCAUUAAAUGACUGUCAGCGAGGACAAUAUUGCCACCCGUAUACCACCUGCACAAGUCUGUGAUUUAGGCGUUGUCACAGAUACAAAAUGGCUUUAAAUAUAGCUUUAAAUCCUGACUAAUUUCGCUCAUACGAUGGCUUGUUGCGGUGGCGGUUAUCCGGAAGAUCGUUUUCAAACUUCAGUCGAUAAGAAUUUCUUAUGUCCAAUCUGUACGGAUGUAUUGAAAGACCCAGUACAAUGCCACAACCAACACCUUUUCUGUAGAGCCUGUAUAACAGAGCAUCUGAAGAAUUCCCAGACGUGCCCCGUUUGUAUGGAAAAACUCACGGAAGAAGCGUUAUCCAAGCCACCAAGAAUUGUGACAAACAUUCUCGAUGGUUUGAUGAUCAAUUGCGACAACAAGGAACGAGGCUGUGUUGAAUUGGUCGAGCUUGGCCUUCUUGAAGCUCACAUUUCCGUGUGCGAGUAUAAACCUGUAACGUGUCCUAACGAAAGAUGCGAGGCUGUUGUAAACAUGGCAGAUUUAGAGGAACACACGAGCGAGGUUUGUGAAUACAGACAAGUAUUUUGCGAAGAAUGUGAUGAGAACAUGUCUCUCAAGAAAUAUAGAAAACAUGGCUGUUUAAUAAGCAGAGAUGUUCAGACAAUCAAGGGAGAAUUGUUUCAAGUGCAACAUCAAGUUAAAGAAAUUUUUAACACGCAGAAAGAAAUGCUCGAAGUAAUCCGAAGUCUUACAACCACUGUUAAUAAAAGGAGCACAGGAAAAGUGAAAGCAAUGCCCAGACGUGACACAAAACCACAAGGGAACAUUGUUGUCAUUGGUGGACAAAUUGGUAUUACGAUGAGCAGCAGUUGCCUCAAUUCUGUUCAAGCGUACUCCCUGGCCAAUCAAACGUGGAUCAAACUACCACCAAUGCAACAAAAAAGAGCAGCUGCAACCGCACAUUUCCACAAUGGCCGAGUCAUGGUUAUUGGGGGGUUUUGUGGUGUGCGCAGUGUAACUAGGACUAUAGAGUACAUCGAAAUCCCUGAAGAAUUUCAAGGCAGAAGUCAGCCAGAGGUAACCAAUAGAGCUUACCAAGAUGAACUUUCUUCACUUCAAUGCCAACUGCCGUUGGAAUGCUGUGGUCACAAGACAACCAUCCUAAAUGAUCAUCUGUGGCUUGUUGGAGGCUGUGACACUGAUAAUCAAGGGCAGUCCUCAAACACCAUUUCCAUGACACCUAUUCACUCAACUGGUACCUUCCAGAUCAAGUGCAGAAUGCCAAAACCACUUUCCUACCAUGCGUUGGAAGUAGUUGACAAUGAAAUUCUAAUCAUGGGAGGAUCAACAACUGGUAUGGCAGAUGAUGUUGUUAGCACUGUUUUGUCAUACAAUACAGUCACUAAUGCGCUCAGAGAAGUGCACCCACUUCCAUUUCCGAUGGCUGAUAUGGCAACUGUUAAACAUGGUGAUGAUGUAAUCAUUAUCGGAGGAAUAAAGAAGGAUCGUGAGUAUUUGAACACAGUUUUCAAGUACAACCAUAAGAAGCGUAUAUGUGAGCAAUUACCAGGAAUGAAACACAAUAGAGGAGAAUGUGCCGCUGUUCUUUCUGGAAACAAAGUGUUCGUGAUGGGCGGGUGCAAUGACAAGCAAGGAUGCUUAAGUUCUGUUGAAUGCUUUGAUCUUGAGCGUCAGGUUUGGCAUGAACUUCCAUCCAUGAGUGAAGCAAAAUAUAAAAUAGCUGCAGUUUUAGUGCCUUAA